GUGCUGGGAGGUCACCUGUACGUGAUGGGAGGGAGCGACGGCGAGGUGGCUCUGGACUCCGUGGAGCGAUACAGCCCCGUAGACGGCGCCUGGUCGAUGUGCGCCCACAUGCUGAGCGCCAGGGAGGACGCCGGCUGCGCCGCGUACCUGGGGCGCAUCUACGUGGCCGGGGGCAGGGACGAGCUCAACCUGAAGCUCUGCCGAGCCGAGAGGUUGGACCCGGACACCCAGAGGUGGACCCCUGUCAGACGCAUGAGGAGCAAGAGGGACGACACGUCCCUCGUGGUGUUCAACGGGGCCCUGAUGGCUGUGGGAGGCUCGGACGGUGUCACCAGUCUCAAGACAGUAGAGGCGUACUGCCAUGAAACCAACGAGUGGAGACACUUUGGAAGCAUGAAGAGCAAGCACCCGGGCGGAAGGUGGCCGUGCUGUGCUGAGACGACGCUCGUGUUGUGCGAGGAGGAGAGGAAGGGCCCUAACGAGCCAACACACACACACACACACAGCCCCGCUCCCAGGGCACAUGGUGAUGUGGUUUGAAUUAGGCAGGAUAAUGACUGAAUAACUAAAGGAUUCGCUUUCAAAAUGAGACAUGGGCGCAUUAGUCGAAGGCCCGCAGCGGCUGCUCCAGCGAGGCUCCGGCGCAUUAAAACUGAAGCACAUUACGGGUUACCAGGGUACCAAUUCGGGGUGGUGGGUCAUUUUGUGUCUUAUGAAACAAGCCUUUUUAGAGAGAUGAAUCAGCUGCAUAUACACCAGGUUUUUUUCAAUCAUUUCUCCAUAAAAUGGAUAUGUCAAAUAUUUGGAUUUGCCGGUGGGAUUCAGUGCCAGGAUAAAAAGAGUCUAGAGUCUAUUCGGCCUAGCUCUAACAAUCUAAAAAGAUUGCAUGUUAAACAUGACAAAGGGGCACUGUGGUGCUUCACAAGACAGUGCGUAAGCACCUGACUAACGUUUGAACAGGUACGAGCCAAGAUAAAGAGAUGGAGGUGGACAUGGAAGUGAUGCAUGCGUUUUUGUUUGUGAAUGUGCAGGAAACAGAUAAAGUGU